AUGGAUUUAGUGGGUGGCAAAUUAAAACGAACAGAAUGGCGCAAGCUGUGGAAAAAGAGACGCCGCAAACUGAGGCGUCAGAAGCUGGCCCAAGAGCGGGACCAACUGGAGGCGGAACAGGAAGCAGUGAAACAAGCCGAUCCGCAACAUCAACAGUAUAUGGCGGAAAAGGAGCGCUUAGAACGAGAAGCCGAAGGCCGUGAAGAAUUGGAACGCGCACUGCGGAAUGCCAUUUGGUUGGAGAACGAACGGAAGGCACAGCUAAAGUUUGCCGAAACUCGCCGUCGGAUGGAGGAAGAACAACGUGUGGAACACGCCAAACGGGAACGCAUUCGCAAGGAAUACGAGGAAAUGGAACGUAAAGUACGAGAGGCGAAAGCAGAGCGCAUCCGACAGCAACAGGAACUUCGACAGAUGCUAGUCGAGCGGCAGCAUAGGCUCGAACAGUUUGCAGCCACGGGCAUCAUUCACGAUCUCGACGAAUUACGGGCGGUUUAUAACAGUCGUAGUGAGACGACGGAUUGUAGGUUCUUUUCAAAGACCGGAGCAUGUCGGUUCGGUGUACGGUGUGCCGAAAAUCAUCCAACACCCGGAUUGAGCAAGAUUCUGUUGAUUGUGAAUUUUUUCAACCAUCCCGCCCUGGAACGUACCGUGCACGCCGAGUAUGGGCUCGAUGUUCGGCUGGAGUUUGACGAAGAAGAUCUGAGAAGCAGUUUUGCGGACUUUUUCCGCGACAUCGUCGAAGAGUUCGAGAAGUUUGGUAGCAUCCGGCACAUCUUUGUCUGCCGGAAUAGCGGUGUUCACCUGAGAGGAAAUGUGUACAUAGAAUUUGAACACAUGAGAAAUGCUGCUGCCGCUUAUCUACGGAUGAAUGGUCGAUUCUACGCCAAGAAGCAGCUACGCGUGGAGUUCCGGAAUCCAAUCGUGUGGCCGGCCGCGGUCUGUGGACUUUCCGAGAUGAGACGCUGCCAGAAAGGACCUGGUUGCAAUUUUUUGCACAUUUUCAAGAAUCCAGACGAUCGCUACCGCUACGAUCACUUCCGAGAAAGCAGAUCGGUGCGCAGGGAAGCUGCCGCAACGGUUCCAGCGACGCCACUGAGCAAAAAGUACGCGUCCGAAAUUUUUCCUAUCCCGAUGAAGUGUGAUGUAAAGAGAGUUGAUUUUCGUUCCAGGAGUUGGGAUGAAAUUACGGCCAGCAGCUCGCAAAGGGCAAGGAACAGUUCAACGACAAGCAAACGUGAUAAAAAACGGAGAAGCCGCGAGCGUAGCCGUAGUCCGAAGAAACGAGAAGCCAAAAAAGAGAAACGUAACGGCAGGCGCAGUCGGGAACGCACCAGGAGCCGUAGUCAGAGCUCAUCACGUUCCUCAAGAAAGUCGAAACGGAAGAAAAGUCGAUCUCCCUCUAGAUCGCGACGAUCUCGAUGUCGUUAG